GAGGUCUCCGCAGCAGCAGGGGGCGGUAGAGUCCCAAUAAAUUGAGUCACGAGGCGUCAUUAUUUACGGAAGUAAACAGAUUUCGAGACUUCUGUGUGAUUUUGUGAUUAAUAACUUUGCUGAACUAUUCCAGAUGACCGGGUUUUAGAUCUUUUAGCUUCUAAUUCAGUUUCAGACGAACAUCUAGCUGCUUCUGUGCAGCUGGUGUGAACUAUCAGCCGCUGUCUCUUUUAGAAGCGCCUCUCAUGUCUCAGCAGUCAUCUUGUGUUUAGAUUGUAUGAAGGAUUUACCGACAGUUUGGUCGCUUUUCUGCUGCACUGUGAGCUGUCUGACCUGGCGUCAUGGGAGCCGAGCAGAGCGGAGAUGCGGAGCACAAACAUUUAGAUCACAGCUCAUCAGCGGCUCCGUCCCCAGCUAAACACAAAGCGAAGAUGGACGACAUCGUGGUGGUGGCCCAGGGGACUCAGGCUCUGAGGAGCAUCCACAACGACCCGGAUGUCAUCAAGCUCCAGGAGAUCCCCACGUUUCAGCCGCUUCUGAAAGGAGUGCUGAGCGGCCAGACGACGCCGAGCAGCAUUUGUUUGGAGAGGCUGGACUCGGCUCAAGUUCUGCAGCUCUGCGUCCGGUACCAGGACCACCUGUACCAGUGUGCAGAGGCCGUGGCUUUUGACCAGAACGCCCUGGUCAAAAGGAUCAAAGAGAUGGACCUGUCGGUGGAAACCCUGUUCAGCAUCAUGCAGGAGCGGCAGAAACGCUACGCCAAGUACGCCGAGCAGAUCCAGAAGGUCAACGAGAUGUCCAUGAUCCUGCGCCGCAUCCAGAUGGGCAUCGACCAGACGGUGCCGCUGAUGGAGCGCCUCAACAACAUGCUGCCUGAGGGCGAGCGCCUGGAGCCGUUCAGCAUGAGGCCCGACGGGGAGGCUGCCUCCAAGUAGCCAAUCAGAACGCCCCGAACGGUGCUGCUUCCUGUGCGGGCGGGGCGGGGCGGGGCGGGUCUGUCCAGCUGCAGGACAGGUGGAAAUAAAACACGUCGCUGUUUUUAACUGCAGACGUGACUCUUGAAUAUAAAACACUUUGGUCAGCUAUUAAAAGGAGCAGCUGUGCUUUUAGUUGUGUAACUUAUUGCAGGAGGGUUUGCUGAGCAUCAAACAGUAAAAACUUUUAUUUAUUUAUUUACUCAGAUCAGCAGCAACUGUCUGCUGCAGAGCCCCGAUCAGCUCAAACUGUCCUGACUUCACUGCAGGGAAUCCAGCCUGUAGAUUUGAUUCGACUGUCAAUCAGAACGUAAACAAACAAACAAACAAACAAACAAGCUCCUGAAUCAUUUAAAGCUUGACCUGCUGAGGUUUUGCAGUUUGGAUUUGAGAAAUGUUAAAAAAAAAAAAAGAAACGAUGGCAAACCUUUGCUUCUCUGAACCUCGGAGCGUUGAGGAGCGUCUGGAUCGUGUCUCCUGUCCUGGUUGCAUCAUCCUGUCUGCCUCCUGUUUGUCUUCAGAACAUCUGCUGUUUGAGGACGUCCUGAUCAAAUAAAUCAUGCCUCAGCGUAAACACAUUAAACACUCAAAGUGAAAUGUAAAUACGUGUGCAAAAGAAACAAAACCAUUUAAUUUAUUUAGAGUCUUUUGUCUUACUUUGCUGGGAGAAAACUAAGAACUGCUAACUGAACACGUUGCUACAGAUAAUUCAUGCAGAAAGUGCAAAACCCUUUUAGACUCUCAGAUCUGGAUCUAAAGCAGAUUUAUCAGCUCCCUAAUAAAAAAAUUCCAACAGCAACUUUCUUUGCUCGUCACAGUGACAGCUUGAACAGCUUUCAUGCCAAAGAUCCACAAACAGUAAGUGGGAGUUAAAGACCAGUCUGUUGGUUUUUAACUUUGUGACGAGGAGCUGCUGCAUCUUUACAAGUUCUUUAAAUAAUCUGGACCGUCUUAAAACUGAAACAAUAAAAGUUUUAUAUUAAGAAGAUUAAAGUUACAUUUAUUAAUCUAGAACUUUAUUACAGAUAGAUGAGUGUCGUUCUGUAAAGAGGCUGAUUUAAAUCGUUUUGGUUCAAUAACAAAAAAUAUUCUUACAGAAAUACAAUCGACCUUUUCCAAAUAAUGUUAUAUGUAACGUUUAGAGCAUACAUACCCUAACGAAUAAAGAAAAACAAUAAAAUGUG